AUGCCGGUCAUCUCCAUGCCCUUCGAGCAGUCACAAAAGGCAUCCAACCCCCUCACCUCUGCCGUUAACCUGAGCCUUCGUGGAGGCACUUCGACAAACGAGAAAACUCAACAACAGCCCGUGCCAAUGAAGGCUUGUGAUGCUGUUCUAGCAUCAACUGGUCUGAACCAAACCCUUCCAGCUAUGCCAAUGUUUAAUGAGCCGUCGGCGGAGGCUAGUCAGCUCAACGAGACCUGGCCUCUUCCCGACCCACCGAAUACCAUAAUCGCCAGUUGUCUGAGGCUGACAGCCAACUUUCUGAUCCAGAGUGCUGCCUUCUUUGAGAAUAAAGCCUUUGCCGAGCUUCCGUCCUGUCUAUCAUUGAUCUCCGCCCCUAUCCUCUCAAUGCCCUUUUAUCCCAGCUUCUCGGAUCCGCCAACGCCCAGUGUUGGCACCGCAGAUCCCGGUACAACCCACUGUAACUUCAACGCAAGUGCCGCAGCAGAUGACGCCAGUCUCACAAGUACAGCUACUUGCAACCACAAUUACUCAACCCCACGUCACCCCAUCACUGGCCUCAGCUUCCUCAUCGACACCAGUGCCACCGAAGUCUUGUGA